AAUGUCCACAAUCGCCUCACCUCGCGCCAGUUCCUCGAUUCGAAGCCCUUCGUCCACUCGCACAUCUUUCGAUGCUUCGGCACGAGCAGCCGCCCCAUCAGCACGCCGCAAUCGCACCGCCCUGCGCGACUACUAUGGCAUCAAACCAGCCUCUGUCAAGGAAACAGACGCCAAAAUCUCCCAUGAUACCACCCAAUCUCAUCUGGAUCCCGAAGACGACGAGACACUCACCGAGCUCGACGCCGCCGACUUCGAUGCCGAUGCCUACGUCACCAAUCUUCUGGCCACGGAGGGCAUGAAGGCCGUCUUGCGCGUCGAAGCCGAUCUAGUAUCACAGAUUCGAAAUCUGGACAGCGACCGCAAAUCCCUCGUCUACGACAACUAUUCGAAGCUGCUCUCCGCAACGAGCACCAUCCGCCGCAUGCGUGGAAACAUGGACCCGCUCGCCCCAACCACGCACACCCUCGGCCCUGCCAUCGCUCACAUCGCCGAAAUUGCUGCAUCGCUGUCCUCCACUAGGGAGGUUGUGCCUGCGAAGCCGCAGGGCCUGGGAUUGCUCAUAGGCGACAACACUACGGGUGCUGCCAGUCCGGGGACUAAGACCAGCAUGGACAGUGCAAAGGAGAGGCAAAGGAACACCAUCCGCUGGGUUUUGAGCACGCCCCGUCGCUUGCAGUAUCUGAUAGACCAGGAGCGAGAGGAGGAGGCUGAGCAGGAUUGGGGUCAGGUGCGCCGGAUCUUGGACAAAUGGGAGGGUACCGCAGGAGUGAGGGAGUUGAAGGAGGAAUGCGAGGAGAUUAUGAGGGUGCAAGACGAUACAGAUUGA